AUAAACCUCAUAACUUGACUAAUAAUCUCCCUCAGCAUCACCCUAAGCACAAUCCUCGUAACCACAUCAACACACUGACUUAUAGCCUGAGCCUGCCUAGAAAUUAAUACACUCUCAAUAACCCCAAUAAUUUCCAAACCACACCACCCACGAGCCACAGAAGCGGCAACAAAAUACUUUCUAACCCAGACCUUGGCCUCUAUAGCCAUACUACUCGCAGCAACAAUAAACGCCCUAAACACAUCCCACUGAGAAAUCACACUAAUAUUAGACCAAACCUCAACAACCAUUAUAACCCUAGCCUUAAUAAUAAAAAUAGCAGCCGCCCCAUUCCACUUCUGACUCCCAGAAGUAACCCAAGGUACAACAACACUAACAGGCCUAACAAUCCUAACUUGACAAAAACUAGCACCCAUAUCACUCCUAAUCAUGAUCUCAGACAAAACAAACCAAACUAUUCUACUAACCACAGCAAUCCUCUCCAUCACUCUUGGGGGCCUAGGAGGACUAAAUCAAACCCAACUCCGAAAACUAUUAGCCUUCUCCUCCAUCGCCCACACGGGCUGGGUCUUAUCCACCCUCACCAUCGCCCCCAACAUCUCCACACUAACACUAAGCAUUUACAUCCUCACCACUAUCCCAAUCUUUAUUAUACUUCACUCAACAUCCUCCUCUACAAUUAAAGACUUAGGUACAAUAUGAACAACCACACCACAAUUAACAUCAGCCCUAACACUAUCUAUCCUAUCCCUAGGAGGCUUACCUCCACUAACAGGAUUUAUACCAAAAUGACUUAUCCUAAAUAAAAUAAUAUUCUUCAACCUCACAAUAGAAGCAACCCUAAUGGCAAUCAUAUCACUACUAAGCCUAUACUUCUACCUACGACUAACAUACAUCUCAUCCAUAACACUCACACCACACACCAACACAAUAACAAUAAAAUGACGAACAAACCCAAAAACGAAACCCCUAAUAGCAUCCACACUAAUAAUUAUAUCGAUACUAAUACUCCCAAUAACACCAUCACUUUAA